AUGAGCCUGCGGAAGCUAAAAUGGCGAGGUAUCGGCCGUUUGGAACUUCUUGCAUGGCUCAACGAGUUCCUCCAGACAGACUAUACCAAGAUUGAACAUCUCGCAGACGGUAUCGCGUAUUGCCAGAUCUUCGACGCCUUGUACCCUGGCAAAGUCAAUUUGCAGCGGCUAAACUUUCACGCUAGAACCGAGAUGGAGUACGAGCACAAUUUGAAGGUACUUCGGCGUACCUUUCACGUUUGCGACAUCCGAAAGGAGAUUCCCAUUCGAAAACUUGUUCAGGGCAUCUUUCAGGAGCAUUUUGAGUUUUUGCACUGGAUCCACGAUUACGUUCACCGAACUUAUCCUGAUGCCGUUCGUUCGUACCAUGGUUUUGAGCGCCGCCAGGAGGCAUUACGUCUGUCAGAUUCCGAUUCGAAGUUCAGCAAUACAAACCUUAUCCCAAAGGAUUCGAAUUCGCUGAAGACGCCUCCGGAGGGUUACAUCGAUAGAUACGUAUUGGACCUGGGCGAAGUUGAAAGCUCGCGAAAUAGUGAAUUUUCGUCGAAUGUGGCCCUUGGUGACCAAAAUGCGGACACAACCCCAGAUGAAGAAGGAGAGCUCGACUUUAUGGAUUCUACUCUGCAAGUUGUUCGGUGA